UGUUUCUACACAACAUUCUUUGUGGAUCCUAAAAUAACACUUGGGGCACUCAAAAGCAAUUUCGUCUUUGUGUUCCUUUAUGGUCUUCCCGCAAUGGCCACACGGGUAGCAAUAAAUCGAAAGCACGCGUACACAAGCAACGGAACACGAAUGGCCUCGUACACGGAUAGUAAACCCAAACUUGAUCUUGGAGAGUCGAUCGACAAAUGGGCAAUUGUAGUGCCACUCGUCACUUGGUAUGCUAUUUUCACAUACCUCGCAAAGUAUCGACUGUUCCUUUUCGAGAUUACACCAAUGGAAAAGCGGGUGGGCAUCAAACUUGCUGUAGAUUACUUGUUCCGGAAUGAGGGCGCAAGC